CAUUUGUCUCGGGCCCAGUGGCCAUGAUUGUGCUGCAUGUCACGUAUGCUGGGACCACACGCAAGAUCGGCUUCUCGCCGGCGUCGUCGCCCGAGACCAUCACCCGAGCAGUGCUCCGCCGCUUUUCCCUCCCGAUGGAUACCGAGUUUGAGCUGAUGUGGGAAGACGUUGGGUGUGCUGUGGAUGCCGGUCUCGAUCCAUCGCUGUCGUAUGUACUGGAGAUCGUGGACUCCACCCCGGCAUCGGUCGCUGCUGCCGCCAUCACCCCGGACCCGGCCCCGGCCCCGGUCGCUGCUGCCGCCAUCACCCCGGACCCGGCCCCCGCUGCCGCCUCAACCAUCAUCCCGGACCCGGCCCCCGCUGCCGCCUCAACCAUCACCCCUACCCCCGCUGCCGCCUCCACCAUCACCCCUACCCCCGCUGCCGCCACUUCCGCCACCCGCUCCCAACUCGCGGAUGCCAAGACCGAGGCCGCGCUCGUUGCGGCGCUUUCAGACAUGCGUGAUGACAUGACAACCAAGCAGGCCGACGCUGCAGACGCUGCAGCCCGCAUCAUGUCUGAAGUCGAUGCCCUGCAAGCCAUUGUCGACGAUCCCAUCGCCUUUGAUGCCGCUCGCCCGCAGGAUCUCAUGAAGGACGCAUCAAGCGUCCUGAGUCUUGCACAGAACCUCGCAGAAGCCCUUGACUCGAUGUCCAGCGACUUUCAGUCCGCACAAGGCGACAUGACUGCGUUUGCCAACACCGCAUCGGCCUGCACUGUGCCUGCCAAUGCCACCACGGCCGCUACUCCGCAACCUUCGGCGCAAUCCUCGGCCUCAUCAUCUGCACCCAAGAGCAACAAGAACAAGAACUCCAAGAACUCCAAGAACUCCAAGAACUCCAAGAACUCCAAGAACAACAAGAACAACAAGAAGCGCAACAGGCGCAACCGCAGAAAGUGA